AUGGCAGGUCCAUCUUCUCAGCCUUUCAAUUUGGAAAGUUUAUUCGGCCCAACACCUACACCCAUAGUCUUGGAUGAUGGUGAUAAUGUGGAUACUCCAGGUGGCCACAAUCAAUUGAAAAGAGGGAAAACAGGUUGUAUAACUUGUAGAUUAAGGAAAAAACGUUGUGAUGAAGCAAAACCUAUUUGUGCUACUUGUUCAAGACUUGGAAUAGAAUGUAUGGGAUAUGGAGCCAAAAGACCUAAAUGGUUAAAGGAAAAAGACAAUGCCAAAAAAGCAAAACAAAACAUUAAACAAACAGUACUUUCGAAAAGGUCCAAUAAGGGUAGACAAGCAAGUUCUACCGAUAGCGAUAGGAGAGAUCAGAGUGUAGCACCGUCGAUAAUGAUUGACGAUACUGCAGCAUCUAAUGAUCCAUCGCAGGAUGACCAAGAUCGAACAAUGGUAUUAGAUACGCAAAUGGAGAUGACGGAUAAUCAGAAUUUCUGGAAUUUAGCUUCAUCUUCAAGUAAUACAGCUCUUGGAUGGAACAUAUCACCUACAACAACGAAUACCACCGGAACUGGUGGAGAAAUGACCGAACAAACUUUUCAGACAAAUUCUACAGCACUCUCUAACGGUUAUGCGGAUCCAUCUUAUUCUGGAAUGAUAACGGAUCCAAGUGUUUUCCCUCCAAUAAUGGAAACGAACGGACCAGUAGAUUUAGGCGCAUUGAUACCUAGUAUUCCUUCAAUGAAUGAUAUGAGUAUGGAUGCUCUUUGGGGUAUACUUUUCGGUCCACAGCCACCACCCGAAAUGAACAAUACUACUGAAAAUACUACCAAUCCAAUAACUCAUGAUACACCUUUGUUCACUCUUCCAUCUCCUUCACCAGGUCUGUCGCCCGACACAACGCCCAACAUCGUUUACCUUCAUCAUUACCUCAAUGUCGUUCUUCCGAUACAAUAUAGAAUAAUGGGUAUCUCGAUCUCGAUGGGUGAUUUCGUUGCUCCCUUAGCACUUCAACGAACAGAGGUUCUCACAAGUGUUUCGUCGCUUGCCGCUUUACACAUGGUCGCACAGAGAACCAAGAGGAGACCGCGCAACAUGUCGCCCAUCAUGCCCCGAAUAUCAUUAUUCAAUGAGUAUGAAGGUUCCGCAACAUUGACAAACAUCGAUGAUGACGAAGACGCGGAUGCAAAAGUAGCUGCUGCUUCUCAUCAUAAGACGAUGGAGCGACUCCGUUUCAUUUCGCCUCAAGAUCUAACGGCGGAAGAAAUAAUCGUUUCUGUGCUGUUUGCGGUUUCUUAUCAUCUUUUCUGCGGUGGGACAUCCAAGCAUUUGAAAGAACUGUUAGCGAUUCUGCAGAGAUGUCUGAGUGCGGCUUUGUAUUCGUCGCCAGAAUUACAAGGGGAUGCGUCAAAAGCCAAAAAGAUGAAUGGUCCUAGUCCCUGGUCAAGAUACCGGCUACUCAUCGAGCAUAUGAUUUGGUCCGACAUCAUCAAUUCAGUGACACAAAACAAAGCUUCUAGUCUCUUGCCAAUGUAUCGAAGAUUGCUUGACCACUUGCCAUCGGGCAAUCCAGCGCCUCCGAAUAGACCUACGUUAUUGAUGGACAGAUUGAUGGGCUGUGACAGUACUACGCUUCUUGCAAUGUGCGAGACAAUCGCUUUAUCAGAAUGGAAAGAUCGGGCGGAAGCAGCAGGGUGUCUUUCAUACAAGGAAUUGCUUGAUCGAGCAGCUACCGUAGAGAAGAUACUAGACGAAAGAGCUUGGAGGGAAUCUCAUCUCGAUCAACCGUCAACGGAAGAAGAAGAACCAACAGCUGAUUCAGCUAGUGUUUUACGAAGAGUUAUGAGUGAUGUCUUCCAUGGUUCUGCAAAAGUCCUCUUGGCGGUGACACUCAAUGGACCAUUCCCAAGGGUACCUGAAAUAGCAGCUGCUGUAGCAGAUACGAUGGAAGCUCUAAAUCGUUUAGACAUACAACAUCCGAAUGUCCAGAUUCAUCGAGCUGUUGUUCUACCAAUUACACUCGCAGGAUGUCAUUGUGAAACUUUAGCUCAACAAGCAUACUUUAGACAAUGCUUUGAAUGCUUAGGUCCAGAAGCUAAAGCGUUCGGAAACACUGGACCUGCACUAGAAUUGAUGGAAGAGGUAUGGAGGAAACGUGCACUCGCUGGACCAAAUGUAAAAGUUGAUUGGAGACAGACAAUGUAUGAUUUAGGAUGGGAAGCUGGUAUUUUGUUAAUAUAG